CUUUACACAAUGCUGUUCAAACAUCUGCCCCGGUUUAUCCCUGCGACUGGAAUUCGGUUGUACGCAACGGCCGAAAAGAGUGCCCUCGCAACCCUGCGCAAAAAGACCGGCUACACCUUUGCCAACUGCAAGAAAGCACUCGAGCUCCACAACAACGACCUAGCGAAGGCGGAACUGUGGCUUAAAGAGCAGGCACAAGCGAUGGGCUGGUCAAAGGCAACAAAGCUCGAAGGGCGCAACACGGCCCAGGGUUUGAUCGGUGUGCUGGUACAGCGAAACGUUGGCGCCAUGGUUGAGGUAAACUGUGAGACAGAUUUCGUCGCUAGAAAUGCCAGCUUCCAACGGUUCGUACAGGUAGCGUCCGCUGCCUGUGUGCAGCAUCUGGAGCACGUUGAGGCGGACGCAAACCUUACCAAGGUGGGCCUAAACAGUGAAGCGCUGAAGCAGAUUGUGCUGGAGGAUGGGAAAUCGUUGGGCGAUCAUUUGGCACUGAUGAUCGGUACGGUUGGGGAGAAUGCAUCGCUCAAUCGGGCCAUUUGCUUUAAGGCACCCGAGAGCAUACAACUAACUGGUUACGUUCAUCCCGCACCAAACGAAGAAAUCCCACACGACGUACCACUGAUCGGCAAAUACGGUAGCUUGGUAGCAUUUAAAUCCGCACAUUCCACGGUACAGGAAGGCGAAGGUGGGCUGAGUCCGGCCCAGAUCGCCCGAAAGGUGUGCCAACAUAUUGUGGGCAUGAAGCCCGAACGUAUCGGUGAACCGGGCAAGGAUGAACCGGCCGCCGAUAAAGACGAUGAAACUUGUCUGAUACAUCAGGAAUAUCUGGUCGAUCCGACCUACACCGUUGGGGAAGUCCUGGAAGCGAAUCGUUUGCAGAUAGUCGACUUCCAGCGCUUUGAAUGUGGUGAAAAAAGUAAGCCCGAGGAGCAAAACGUUCGUGCCGCAACGAACUAG